UUCGUUUUGCUCGCUUUCAAGACCCUUUUUUCAGUUAGCUGAACGUGGUCAACGUUUGGGACUCGUUGUGGAUUUGACAGAUACUGAUAGAUAUUAUGAUAAAGAUGAGAUCGAAGGGCUAUGUAUACAAUAUCAAAAAAUCAAUUGCCCAGGACGAGGUUUUGUCGAUAGAACAGAGUGUGUGUCUGAAUUUAAUAAAGCCAUACAGGACUAUAUUGAUAAAACUGAUGAUGAAGAAGCUUUAAUUGGUGUGCAUUGCACUAAUGGUGUUAAUCGAAGUGGUUACCUUAUUUGUCGUUUUCUUAUUGAAAGACUUGGUUGGUCUUCUCAUGAAGCUUUAGAUGCGUUUGAGCGAGCAAGAGGCUACCCAAUUGAGAAAGGAUCUUACGUACAAGCGCUACACAAAGCUGCCAUUGAUAGUAGGAAUAGAAGGGAAGCAUCUGAUAGCGACUCUGAAGAGCAUCGCCGUAAGUCCAAAAAAUCCAAGAAGAAGCGCGAAAAAGACGAAGCGAGCUUCUCGGAUAGUGCCAGUCAAAUGGGCAACAUCAUGCAGCAGUUCUUCGCUCAAUUGCAGGGUGCUCAUCAGGCAGCAGAGUCCGGCAACGGAUCUGGCUAUGAUGGUUCACCAGCUCAGAGUGGUAGCUAUGCUUCCCCGGGUCAGCAGCAUUGGGCUUAUCAAACGAAGCAACAGCCCCAAUCUAAAAAUACACCAAACACGGAAAGUCCUGUACAAGAUGAGGAAAUGGAAGAGGGAGAGAAGUUAAUAAGUGAAGAGCGCAGUCAUUUAUAG